AUGAAUCCAGCAGAUAAACUGACAAGAGGUGAAUCAUUGAGUUUGUCGAAAAAUGACAGCGUGUGGUGGCGCGGACCAAAGUGGUUGGCUAGUCCUAGUGAUGAGUGGCCGUUGCAGAAACAAUACUGUACGAAUGACGCGGCGAAAGUUGAACUUUUGAAAGUUAGUGUUAACACGGUUGUUUCAUUGUACAGUCCUGUAUUAAAAGUUAACGACUUUAGUAAUUUCAAAAAAUUACUGAGAGUGACUGCAUGGGUGUUGAGAUUUAUUUCGAAGUCCAGAAAAUUGUCAAUUGAAAAGGGUCCACUGAGUGCUAUAGAAUUACAAGAAGCUGAAGAGAUGUGGAUAAAAACUGUGCAGUGGGAAGUGUUCCGCGAGGAAAUUCAAAGGCUUCAAAAGAAUCGGCAGAUUAGUAAAUCUUCUAAGAUUUAUUCCUUAUCUCCAUAUCUGGACGAGACUGGUGUUCUUAGGGUAAGAGGACGUCUAAAGGAGGCUCCAUUGACUGAAAAUGAAAAACAUCCAGUUUUACUUCCGAAAUCGAAAUUUGCGGAAUUGGUGAUUUUUCAUGAACAUCUUCGUGUCUUUCAUUCGGGUGUAUCAUCAACUUUAGCUCAAGUGCGUAAGAAAUUCUGGAUACCGAAAGGAAGACAGACUGUGAAAAGAGUUAUUUCUACUUGUUUAAUCUGCAAAAAAUAUUCGUUAAAACCAGCUAAGCAGUUAACUGGUCAAUUACCCUUGGAAGUAUUGCUGAAAGUCCACCGUUUACUAAUGUGGGAACUGACUUUAGUGGUGCAAUAA